GCUUGCUCGAGCCUCGCCAGCCGCUUUGCGAGCCCCGAGCACAGAGCUUCCACUUCCAAACCGCUUCCGUUAUUUCUACGAGUAUUGAUCAUGACACUCUUGCUCUCGUCUCGUCAAAGAUCUAAGACAUGCUGGCCAAAAUCAUCUCGCUCGCGGCGUUGGCCAGUUCAGCCAUAGCUCUUCAGCCAUUCGAGAUCGAGAGGCAGCUACAGAAGUUUGGUGCCAGCUUCGUCGAACCUUAUGCGAGUGCGAUCCUAGCCAAGGGCAGCUCGCCUUUCUUCGUCGAUGGUGUGGUCGGGCACACCUCGCUCGGUCGAAGUAUGACUUCGAACACGAACAAUACGCUCUUCCUCUAUGGGCUCCUCGCAGCUUCGUCACCCGGUCAGCUCUCGGUGACGCCCAAGAUCGUCAGCGCGAUACCAUCUUCCAUUGCGAUCCAGGGUCCAGUCGCGUCAGUCGUCUUUACGAUGGGUUCGCUCGUCGAUACCGUCCCCGGCGCUUUGACCGCAUCGUUUUGGCUUCGUUACAACGACGAAGGACUUAUCACUGAAUAUGACGCCGCAUUCCCGAACUAUGCAGAUCUCGUCACCGCAGCGAUGCCAGUGCUUGCGCCCUCAAUGAAGUCCAACGCGCAAAACCCUUACGCGACCUAUUCAGACUCGACACAUCUGACGGCCGGUCAGCUGGCAGCUACCAUUUGCAGGGUGCAGAAGGCCUCUUGUGAUGCUUCUGUGAAUGUCUCAUCGUGCGCGCUUGCACUCACGCAAGAGGUUGGCCUCGGCAAUGCCUAUCACCUUUCGGCGGACUCGCUCUGGUGUCGGUAUACCCGCCUGACUGCAGUCACUGCUGAACCAGGCCUUUACUGCAGCUCACUCUUGCCUGGUUCGUCUUAUGAAUGCCAGGGAUCAGGCAUCAUGGCGGCGUUCAAUUCAUCCACGAACUUUUUGGCACCUUUCGCAUCCGAAGGUCCCAACUCUGAUCAUCUCUCUCAAGCUUCACUCGAGGCGUUAUCAGCGCUCUCAACAACGCAAAUUUAUCCCAGUACGGUAUGGGCAUUCUCUAUAAACUCACUCAUCGCUUUCGCGUCGCUCUGGCUCAUGGCGAGCAUCACAUCCCAUGCAUUCAGACGUUACUGGUCAGGUUACGCCACGUUACCAUAUGCGAUUCAGAAAGCAUGCGUCACCUACGUCGUCACCAUUGUCGUAACCGCCGUCGUCCUGGCGGUACAGCUCGCUGCUAUUCGAGUCGUGCGAGCGGAGUAUUCUCAAUUCGACGGUCAAGCACUUUUCGGCUGCGGCAUGGCCAUCUGCGCUCUGUAUCUUUUCGAGAUGAUAUACCGACCUCACUUAAGACUUCAACUGUUAUCGCACCAUAUCUUUACGAUCUUCAUCAUUAUGUUCGGUGCUCUGCGCUUCCAGAUCACGCGCGAUCCGACUACCAUGGCAACAUCUAACGUAUGGCUUUUCCAGGCCACGACAGAGCAGAGCGUGUUUGUCGGAUUGCUCGCUUAUCGUAUGAAACUUCGUCCAAGCACGACUCGAAGGAUUCUGCGGUUCGCUGCGAUACAAUCGAUGGUCUGCAAGAUGGGAUCGGCAAUCUAUGUCAUAACGCUCUGGGCCGUGAAGCAGAGACAGAACACCACGCCCUUUGGCAUCGCAUGGUCUGUGAUACUCGUUAUGAUCGUCUCUUCACUGGUAUAUGUGCAAAUCUGGGGCGCACACGUCUUGCUCAAGAUCGCGAAUACGGUCGAGCAGCGAUACAACCAUGCGCAGAUCAUGUCAGAUCUCGCAGCAGAAGAGCUGAUUCAACGCGACAUCGGUCUACAUCAGACGCCCGACGAACGAUCUCAGGGAUCUUGCUCAGAGGAAACCGACGAAACAUUCGAAAAGACAAAUAGCCUGGAAGACGUCCCUGUUCUGCCCCGCUUCUGACCAGACGUAAUGCAUGGCGAACGUACACGAUGUGAUUCG